AUGCAGCGCAAAUUCGAUCAAUUAGAAGCCCGACGCGCUGCAGAGAAAACUGCGGCUGCUCGUUUGUUGGAAGCGCGACGAUCCCAGGCGCGCGAAGCGAAGGGGUCCGCGGAAGAUGAGCAUCAAGCACAACUGAUGGAGAAGGAGCAGCUCGCAGUGGCUCUACCGUUCCAUCGAUACAAAAAGGAGCCACCAAUGGGUCUUUCCAAAAACGCGUACCCAGUACGGUCAGGACCAACGGCACUUUCCUGCUCCGAGGUUAACCUACGCUCUGCCGUUGCGAGCAACUGUAAAACCCCAUCCGUUCAACGCCUGCUUUGCAAACCCGAGAGCAAGGCGAGGUCGGAGGCACUAGCAAAUGGACUGCGUGGAAGUGGUGAUGGAGAAGCGGUCGACACCAGCGAAGGAGAUGAGGACGGUUCCGGUUUAUGUAAGUCAUCGCACAAGUCAGCGAAAUCUGCUCGAGUCAAAGGAGGGGAAUCCGAUGGUCGAUUGCAUUCCGGCUUGAGUUUAUCAUCUCUUCAUCGAUUGAGCACCGCCGAUUCCUCUCUUUCUGUUUCCCACUCAACACAUCCGAAGUUGUUCGUGAAGCCGAAAGCUAAAUCCAAUCGCAUGGUUAUCGUGAAUGCAAUCGGGUAUGCAUGCUUGGCGGGUGCUGUGAACGAACCGAUGAAACAAGCCACACUGAAAACUAGCAUUAUCGCCACGUUGGGUUCUCAACGCAUCCCAACUACACCUCUUGUGAAACGGCUUGUACCGGUAGACGAGGGGUCUCGUCUCACACCGAAGUCGCCUACUCAAGAGAAUAUGACCGAGAGGUGCAGUUUUCCCCGAAAAGAAUUUUGA